AUGUCCUUCACCCUCCCCACCUUCGCCUCGCGGCUCUUCCGCCCCCUAAGCACCCGCUUCGGCAUAACAGCCGACACCACCGGCGGCAGCGCCAUCGCGAUCCCCGAGGGCGCCGAGAAAGCCACCAUAGCCGCAGGUUGUUUCUGGGGCGUCGAGCACCUUUACCGCAAACACUUCGGAGACAAAGGUCUCUACGACGCACGAGUAGGAUACACCGGCGGCGACCUAACGAACCCGUCAUACCGGGCCGUAUGCGGUGGCCAGACAGGACACGCCGAAGCCCUCCAAAUCCACUACGACCCUUCGAAAAUAACCUACCGGCAACUCCUCGAAUUCUUCUACCGGAUGCACGACCCCACGACCUCCAACCGACAAGGCCCAGACGUCGGCCCACAGUACCGCAGCGCGAUAUACUACCACACCCCGGAUCAAGAGACAGUAGCGCGGGAGGUGACGCGCCAGGCGAACGAGGCGUGGUAUAAGGGGGGCAUCGCGACGGAGAUAGCGCCCGCGGGCCGGUGGUGGGAUGCGGAGGAGUACCAUCAGCAGUAUUUGCAUCAUAACCCGUCUGGGUACGAGUGUCCUUCGCAUUUUCUGAGGACGUUUCCGCCGCUUCAGUGA